UUACACACACACACACACACACACACACACACACACACACACACACACACACCCAUACACCUGACUCAGACCUACUCAUGGACAAUCUUCAGACAUCUCUGAGACUCCACACUUGCUGUUGAUGAAGCUGAGGGGACAGCAGAAUGGGACCCCGCACAGUGGCUGGGCCAUCCAAACAGGAGAAGCUGGUGUCAAGGGGUCGCCAUGGUAGCAGCAGUGACGGUUUCCAAGACGAUCCUCCUGUGCUCAGUAACCCAAAGUCAGUGUUGAAGAGACAGGUGAGUCCAGAGGAGCUGCAGAAACCUGGUGGAAAAUACCUGAAGAGGACAUUCACUAUUGUUGGUGAUGCGGUGGGCUGGGGGUUUGUCGUGAGGGGCAGUAGUCCAUGUCACAUUCAGGCUGUUGAUCCCAGCGGACCUGCGGCUGCUGUUGGAAUUAAGGUGUGUCAGUUUGUAGUGUCUGUAAAUGGCAUAAAUGUGUUGGAGAUGGACUAUCGGACGGUCAGUCACCUUAUCCUCACUGGACCACGCACUGUUGUGAUGGAGGUGAUGGAGCCAGUUGACUGCUGAGGACGCCAUUGAAGGAAAUACUCUAAAACGCCAAAUGCAAGGUAUUCUGAGACCAAUUGUCUCUCUAGCUCAGAGUUCACCAAGCCUGGUCUUGGAGAUCUGGCUUCCUGCAGAGUUUAGUCCCAACCACAGUCUGCCACACCUGCUCCAGAUCUUUAAAGAGGAAUGUCAACCUUUCUGCAUCAUGGUAACAAAGUCAGUGAAGUGGUUUAAUGCGAAAUGCUCUGUUCUAAAGAGACUUGCUGGCUCUGAUUGCUUUUCCAAAGGUAAUGAGACGAACCAAGGGUCAGAACAUCUGCAAUGCAAAUAUAGCCAUUUCAUUUAUCAUCCAGAAUGACUAGUAAAGCUACACAACAUGUUUUCUUGGGGGAUAUUUUGGGUUAGAACACUUUACAUGUACCCAUUCCAUGAAUGCAUUUUAGGCCAAAACAUUUACCUCAUAACUGUGAUAAAAUCAUGUUUGUGGUGGUUUCUAUCACCACAACUGUGAAUGAACUUAAAGUUUCUCCAAAAUGGAGCAUUUCAUACCAAACCACUCGGACUGGCUUUGUUUAAACUCUGCAUUAACGUAGAUCUCCAGGGCCAGGAUUGGUGACCACUGGUCUAGAUCACAUGCAGGAUUUGCACAGUAAUAAAGGAGGUUCUUGGACUUGCAGGCCAGUGUCAGAAUAUCUCACUAUCAUAGAAUUAGAAUCAAUAGAAGAGCCCAAUAACUAAAACUGUGCCCUAGAAUAAGCUCUUAUGUGUAAAGGUGACAGUCAUGGUCUUUACAGAGAGACCCUGAGGGUUUGCUUUGACUGUGGAAAAUGAUGUCUUGUAAAGUCAGCAUAAAUCUAUGUCAUAAUCAAUAUUUCAGACUUGAUGUAAGAAUAUUAUAAGAUUACUACAUGGGUUUUAUGGGCAGGUCAUUUUGCUUGUUUUAGGUAUUAUUUCUUCAAAUAUGCUAAAUUAAAUAAAUGCUGGGAACACUUUACUUGAACUCUCCUGCAUAACACUGACAUAAUAAUUCCAUAAACAUGACGGCAUAUGAUGUCAGUGUUCUGUAGCAGAGUUCAAGUAAAGUGUUAACCCUCCUCCACCUCCAAAAACAAGUUGUGUAAUCUUAUCAACACCAAUCAACAGUCUUACAACAUGAAAUAUUAGAUAUGUUGACCAGAUCUAAGAUGACUUCACUUGCCAAGACAUUAUUGUGUUGCAGUGAGCUGGAAAGUGAACAGUGAGCUACUUGCUUAUCGUCGCUGUUGUGACAAAAUCUUGUACCUUUGAAAUGAAAACUUCAUCAGAGAAGGGAGAAUUGCUUAACUUAUCAUAAUAUACAAGAUUAUAAUCAGAAUUUGGACCAUUUUUAUUGUUCCAUUCAUCAUGAUUUUUUCACACAAUGUAAAUGACAGUCUGCAUUUUCAAGAGAUGAAAAAUGAAGCUGCAAGGUUUGGAUAUGUAAGUGAUGAUAUACUGUAAGCAACACUGAAUGGUCAAUAUUCGUCCUUUGUUUAUAGCUGUAGACAAAAUAUAGUCAUAUGCAAAAGUCUAAACGCCAUCUGGUCAAACUGUGUGUUUUGUUGAUUUUCUGAUUGAAAACACAAAAAAUUACACUGUUUUAACUUUUAAAAUUAGAUUUAUUUUGCUGAGUUUAAAGCAGGGGUGUCCAAUCUUAUCCGCAAAGGGCCGGUGUGGAUGCAGGUUUUCGUGCUAACAAGACCUGAUUUCACUUGCUUAAUCGGUCAGUUUCAAUCUUUAAUCAGCUGAUCUGCUUUGUCGCAAUGAAAACCUGCAGCCAAACUGGCCUUUUGAGGAUAAGAUUGGACACUCCUGCUUCAAAGUAUCGGAAAACAUAAACGUGUCAUAACUUUAGCACAAGCCAAUAUGUUAAAUCCAGCAAAUAAACAGUACUUGUGCAAUAAAAUACAGAAUUGUGUUCUUUGUAGACGAUGUGUUCACUAAUUUUGACUUAUAUCAACAAAACAUUGUUUGACUGGGUGCACAAACUUAACUGGGCAUACAACUGUAAAAGGGUCUUAGUAUCUACUGUCCAGUACAACACUGACCAAUAAGCUCACCUUUUUGAAGAAGAUAUGCUAAAAAAAACCUUUAGCAGUUUCUUUAGAGAGAGAACUCACAAUAUAAGAGAAGUAUCAUUCUUUUGAUUUGAGCUAUGGAUUUCUUUUUUCUUUCCCUUUUACCUGAGAGCACUGUGUUUUAUUCCGCUGUGCCGUGGUGCCCGCUGACCACUCUUCUGUUCAUGUCAAGCUCAGGUCACUCACACGCCACUGGGCAGACGAAAGCAGCAAGUCCAUUUUCCCUUUAUCUUCAUCUCUCUGUUACAGUGGCAUUAAAUCUCCCAAAACCUCUUUAAUGAUCCAGUUUUUACUUUUUUUAGCAGCUCUGGAAUGAAGUUAUCAGCUUUAAUUCUUAACAAUGCAUAUUUGUGACAUUGUUUAAAAACAAAAAGCUUAGUAAUGCUGAAAAUCAAUAGACAUCUGCAAAUCUGUGAAUGAUUAUGGUAUGUGCUUGUACUCAUGAUGUAGACUUAACGAAGCGGUUUGAUGUGUUUUUGUGUUGUAGCAUUGCACUUCUAUGUAAUUGUGUGUCUUUAGCGUUCAGUCACGCCACUGACAAUUCAUUACUGCAUCAUUUCUGAUGUCGGGUGUUAUGGAAGACAUUCUAUUAACUUUGUGAUUUUUGUCAUUAGCUUUGAAUUAUCAUUCAAUUUGUUGUAUAAUCUAUAUACAAACAUCAUGUAUCAAGAAGCAUUUUUGUCUCUGUAUGCACUUAAAAUAAAUGUCUUUUUAAAAAUA